GUGAUUUGUCUCAUUUAAUUGAACAACUACUUUGUUUUAGGAAACUGGUAUUGAAGAAAAUUGGACGCAAACCUAGUCAGAAAUUCGUGUACCAAUGGAUUCCCGGAGCUUUGUUGAAUUAAAACCAACUUGGAAUACUCAUGGUCCCUACGACAUUCACGUUUGUUUGAAUUGUGGUUUUGAAAAUGAAGAAAACGGUUCUCAAGAAGAAGAAGCACGUUGCAAUUCACCUCAGUCGGUAGUCGUCCUCCUCUCCACCUCCGACCAAUCGAACCCAGAGCCGUGCAUGCUGCGAAUCCAAUGUAAGCCUGGAGCCGAGGUGGUAGCCAUGGCGAUCCUGAGCAAUGCUCGUCAUGCAGAGGUUCAUGAUAACAUCGAUGGCUACCUGAGCACAUCGAGAGGACAGAGGAUAGAGGCGGAAGGCAAGGAAGGAGACGAGGAUAACGACGUCAUCUAUAAGAAGGAGAUCAAGCUAGAUAGGUCUCAUCGCAGUGUUGAAUUAAAGUUUGUGUCUUUGGCUGAUGAGAACCUCCUCCAUCUUCAUCACAUUCACCUUACGUUGAGAAGGAGCAGCAAGAUGCCUCUUCUUCAAGGUCGUCAUGGCAACGUAAACAUGGACCACGUGCGAGGUCUUCUGGCAUCCCAGCAGCCCAUUUCAGAGGAAGCAGAGAGUCUCAUGAAUACCGUUGAGCAGUACCAGAAGAACCAAUCAUCUGUAGUGCAAGAUUUUCAGGCUGCUGUGGUUGAAUCCGCAGCCAAUCAAAAGUCAGUAAGCAGUGAUCUAGGCAGUGAUCUAGGCAUGAUGGGACAGAUGGCUAGUCUCCUUUCAGGCUUCUCCCGGAGUGGCAAUCAAGGCCAGGUUGCUGCUAGUCCUAAUGUGAUGCUCAAGAUGAUGUCAUCAUUUGGAGGUGGUGGAGGUGGCGGAGGGGAUUCCCCUGGUAAAGAAAGCAUGUAUGGAGCCCUGAAGAUGAUGUGUACAGAUGUCACUAACAUGAGGUCAAGAGAAGAACAAGAUGCCAAAAACAAAGCCAAGCAGGACCAAGAAAAUAGCAACAACAAGGAAGAGAAGACCGAUCAACCUGGCGUGUCCCAAAACUCUCUUGAGAACCAUCUUGAAUCAUUCCUUGCCAAUAUGGAGGCCAAAAUGAUGUCCAGGUUGGACGCCAAACUGGACACGUUACAAGCGCACUUUGACCUCCGCCUGAAUAAGCUGGAGAAUAUGCUCACCGAGCUUACGACGCAGACAGUACAGAAGUCAGCAAGCAGUGAUCUAGGCAGUGAUCUAGGCAGUGAUCUAGGCAUGAUGGGACAGAUGGCUAGUCUCCUAUCAGGCUUCUCCCGGAGUGGAACUCAAGGCCAGGUUGCUGAAGCCAACGUGAAUGGCCAUGAAGACUGAAGAGACAAAACCUGCUGUCAAGGAGAAUGAUCAAAGGGCCUGUCUCUACAAGUACUUGUAAAUUUGUACUCUUUCGUAAGGAGGCAGUGUGGUACAAUCGGAGCAGCCAGAAAUACCAAAAUGUCCUCCAUGCAGGCUCAGGCUCAGGUGGAAACACUCCGUUUCUCGUACUAGAACAUUACCUGGAGGCCCCGUAUGCAGGAGAGUCACAUCCUAUGAACCUUAAGACACUACACUUAUUGCAAAGAGUAAGGUGUUAACCCUGUGUUUAGUGUCCCUGCAUACCAAACUGGUAAUCUUUUUACAGAUAUCGUUGUGAUAGGCUGCAUAGCCCUUUGAAGAUCAACAAUAGAAAAAGAAGAAAACGUGUCAUGUAUGAUAUCCAAAGGCUGAUUCUGCGACAUAUCUGAUCCUGAGUCCACUGACGAUUGCUCUCCCCCAGUUUCUAACACCACUGUUAAACCAGGGGUGGUGUUCUGAAAAUGAUAUUAUCAUUUAUGUUCAUAAGAUAUGAAUUAUAACAAAACAUUGGUUAAUGUCUGCCCAAAGCUGGCUGUGUUUAAGUAAAGUUAAAUGAGACAUCGGCGCAUGCAAAAAUUAUAAGUGUGAUUCUGCACAAUUUCACUUUCCAUUGACAAUUUAACAUUUUCUCCUAUCAUCAAAAAUAAGAUAGUUUUCAUAAUACAACGUCAGAAAUUAACAAAAAUAUAUAACAUCAUAAAAAGUAGACACUAAACUUCUCUGAGUUGAUGAAAUAAAAUGUGGGUCAAAUUUAUGUGAAAUAUAUUUGUUGGAUCAUCCACAAGUUUAAAGCUUAAGCAUUUAAACAGUCAUCUAUGAAUGAAAAAAGAAUAAACUUCUAAAAUUACUUAUUAAGUUUAAGUAGGAUAAGAGAAGAUUUAGAGCAAUCUUUUGUCAGGUGUCAUUUAUCAAAUCAUUUUCUUAUCUUUUAAUCCACUUUAAUUGCUCCUCUAUCAAUUAAACCCAUAGCAGUUCAGAGUUUUGUAACGCUUAAAACUUUAUUGAACCGCUUUUCCUCCCCAGUUGUUUGUAUUUUCCACUAGAAGUACAAAACAUAAACGUGAAUGGAAAUUCCAAAUUACACACACAAAAACUCAAGAAAUUGCCAAUUUGUACACAAAAUAGUGACUAUAAAUUUCUCUGCAUUGCUGAUUCAGAGACUUCAAUGAUUAUUCUGUAUUAUAUUGGUCUUAAUCACAAACGGCACAAUGUAAUGACUCAGAAAUGGACACAAAUUUUCCAUUGAACUUUGCACUUUCUUUUCGUGUACAAUUUGCAUAACAGUGCAGACUAGAUGAAAAGUUUAAAAAUGAAACGUCCCUAAAAGAUAACACUAGACUCAGUAGACUGCAAUGGGUUGAAAAGAAUUACAGCAGUUUGGUCUUUGCAAUUUUUUGUCCAGAGUAGACUUUUAGAUCUUGCCCUAAUCAUAUUUCAUGAUUACUUUCAUCUGUGACAUUGAAACAACUCAGAGAAAAAUAUUUGUUCACUCCAGUGUAAACAAAAUUAACAAUUAAUGGAAAGAAAACAUAAUACAUGUAGUUGAACAGACAUCGAUAUUAUCUGAACUGUUUGAUUAUAUUUUUUUUCUUAUGCAGUUUCCAAUGGCUUACAAGUUUGAUAACAAAAGAUGUGCAUUCCAUUAUUAACCUGCUAAAUGUUAAUCAUUUUCAUUUUACUGAAAAUAUUUGUAGAUACAUACCGGUAUAUGGAUUAUCAGAAUUAUGCGAAGGUCUACCACAGACAGACAAUAGUAAAGUGCAUAACAGAUUGAUUUUGUUGUACAGCACAGGCAGUUGAAUUCGACGGCCGAAAUGAAGACAGAAACAAUUUCACGACAGCUAAUUAGUAAUUUAUCUGAUUAAAAACUAGGUUAGUCACACCAAGAAUAAUCAUACCAGGUACUUGUAUUUUCAUGAAAACAAAUUUUAUUUGAUGUGAAAUCAAAUGGAAACACAUAUGAUUAAGUGGAAACUUACCUUUGUAUUCACAUUAUACAGAAUUGGAUGAUUCAACUAAAUUGCCGUACAGAUCAAGAUUUGGUGCAAUAAUUUUAUAGAUUUGUAAUAAAAUAAUUGCAAUUCAUAAAUUAA